CGGCGCUGCUGCUGGAUGUUUUCACUUCUUACUGUCCGUGUGCUGAAAAGAUAAGGAAGCGCUAUGAAAUAACAGAGACAGCAGCAGAGACGCUCCACCAUGGUUCAGUGGCAGAUCUGCACUCUGGAGCACCUGAUGAAUUCAGGGUUCGGCCGUCCUUUUCCACGACACGGCCUUCAGCUCCUGUUUUGGUUUGCCAACCAGUGUGUGACCUGUGAACCCAUUAACUUUGUGGUCAUCAUGAAGCUGGUGUCAGAUUGUCAACCAGAGAACGGUUUCUUCGGCUUCCACCAGUUUGGCAACGUUGAAGAACUUUUACCAGUGCUGAAGAAGCCCAAGAAGCGCAAGGGUAAAACAAAGGUUGUGUACUAUGAAGUCGGCAACCUGAACACAGAAACCUACCCAGCUUCUGCAAACCUCCCCGCAUAUGUGAGGGAAAAUUAUGGGUUGUAUGGUGAUUACAAUAUAGACAGGAUCAUCAUCGGUUACCAGGUGAAGACCAGGGUGGUGGAGACGGUGUAUGUCACAGAGCACGACGGCGUGGCCUUUGGGAGGUUCAACACUGACAGGACAUACGAAGUCAGCCCUGAACUCAUCCAAGUCCUGCAGAACCCACAGCUUGAUCUCACCACCUUUCUCAACCGGACAGGCUACUGUGGAGACAUGCAGGUGGUCCAGGCUGACAAUGUGGGGGAGAUACACUGCCCAGACCCUUCAGUCCAGGAAAUCUUCAACUUAAUGCAGAACUACAGUGGAUCUGUAGCAAGAGCAGUACAUGAUGACUUAAGUUUCUUCUCAGAAACUUUUAACCUGCAACUGGAUGUAAACAUGGAGCCCUUCAGCUAUGACCAGUAUGGGAACCACAUGGUCAACGUAACCUCAAACAACAGCAGAGUUGUGGCUGGCUACAGUAAAGUGCAACGGAAAUACAGGAAGCCUAAAGCCAAAAAGAAACCAAGAGUCUACGAUGACAGUUAUUGGCUGUCUGCGUUGGGGCGCCCUCAAGGGCAACGUGCAUUCAGCUAUUACUCCAGUUUUGAUGAAGAAGACAGAAGAUGGAACAGAGGUGGUGGUGGUGGUGGUGGUGGCAUCAGCUUCAUGAAGAUUCUCCUCGGUGCUGGUGCGCUCUACUUGGCAGCCAAAUGUUUCAGCUGGCUGAGGAGCUUGUGGGAGGAGGACUUAAAUGAGUACAUCAUCAAGAAGAUACCAUGGAGGACACCAACUUAUCAGCAUCAUGUCAUGCUGGAUUAUGUGUACUAAGAUUUUAGGGCAAUGGAUGUCUUUUUGGUCAAACAUGAAGACUCCAUACAGCAAUUGUCAAAUUAAUUUAAAACAAGUGUGAAUUCACAAUAGCUGUAACCUCGAUGCCAAAUGUAUGUUACAUUUGGACAUUUCAUACGAAUUAUAUCAAUGUUUCUAAAGUGACGUAGUAUAUGAGCUGGACAGUGGGUGGCGUGACAUCUAGACAAGAUGGCUACCAAGCUGCAGCCCACUGUUUAAGACCAACAUACAACAACACUGGUUGUUUUUAACAUUUACAGUGGCGUUUGUAGCACUGAACUUUGGUGUUUUUAACCAACCGUCCCUUCUUUUCCAGCAGCUUUUGUGCCACCAAAUGAGGGUGUUUUAAGUCAAAAUAUGAUCUUUUCCAAACUAUUACCAAGUGGUUUUUGUGCAUAAACCUAACCACACCUUUACCACAGCGUUGUUGAGAAACAUAAAGUUUCAAUGUAUCUACUACAAAGUAAUACACAAAUGUAAUGUAUGCCUGCUUUGUGGACACAUACAAUGCAAACAUUUUUUUCAAUUUCAAUUCAAUUUUAUUUAUAAAGCCUAAUAUCACAAAUCACAAUUUGCCUCACAGGGCUUUACAGCAUACGACAUCCCUCUGUCCUUAUGACCCUCACAGCGGAUAAGGAAAAACUCCCCAAAAAAACCCCUUUAACGGGGAAAAAAAACGGUAGAAACCUCAGGAAGAGCAACUGAGGAGGGAUCCCUCUUCCAGGACGGACAGACGUGCAAUAGAUGUCGUACAGAACAGAUCAGAUUGCUUGGAUUUCUUUACAAAAUCCUUAACUGCCAAAGAGUGGGCAGAUUAUUGUGGACAGGUAGCUUUGCAGAGCAAGCUAUAGAGCUGCUGGUCUCAGCUAAUUACAGUUAAAUUGUUAAGACUGAAAUACUGAUAUUUUAAAUUGAUUGUAUCAUUAGAAUAACACUGAAAAUAACUUCAGUAUUGACAGGCUUCAAUCGUGCAAUACUUGAUUUUGGUAAUACUUGAAUGUCUUUGUUAUGGUGAAAGGUAUUGGAGCAGAGAUUGAUCAUAAUUACAGUGAUAAACAAACAAAGAAAGCAAGAAAGAAGAUGGCCCUGGCCAACACAACACAAGAGCAACAAAACCACAACUACAUUUUGUCACUGCUGAAGAUUUUUUACCAUAAUGAGAUGUGUAGUUAUUUCUUUUAUAUCUGUGGGUGUAUGAGGCCUCUGUUUGCAGUGAUGCAGAACGAGCUGGACUGCCUUAUGUUAUGUCAUUAUCUGAUUGUUAUACUGUACAUACUUUUUUUAAAAGAUUUUUGGGGGGGCUUUUUUGCCUUAAGUGAGAGGACAGUUUGACAACGACAUGCAGCGAGGGGCCAUGAGCUGGACUCAAGCCCUCAGCCACUGCGGCAAGGACAUUGCCUUUGUGCAUGGGGCGUCUGCCAUGGUGCCCUACCUACUGAGCUACUGGACGCCCCCUGUAAAUCAUUUUAAUUGGGAUCAAUGUGACGAAUCAUUCAUUGGAUUAGCCACAAACAGACAUUCCCGUCCAAUUAUUUUAUGUGUGAACCAUGUCACAAUAAUAUAAAAUAACAUGUAACAUGUUGGAGAACUGUAUCUAGAUCACCACUCAUUUCAAAAAGUUAAUCAAUAAACAGCAACAUGGACAUUUGAC